ACGUAGACACGCUUACAGUUGGCUUCCUCGGGGCAGCCUUUCUGGUUCUAGUUGAGGCAAAUUUGCCUACCGUCAUGCCAUGUGAUGUUAGAUUUGGAACCGCGAGGAGUGAAGGUACCGCGCUGUUUUUUGGUUGUGGUGAUGUCGAGGCAUGGCGUCUGAUUCUCUCAAAUGUGGACAGCCUGGGCAUUAGUGAAGCCGGAAACUGGAGGGAGGUUGGCAUUGUUGUAUUCAAAGGAAAAGAAUUUUCGUGCAGUUGCUCUAGUGCGCAAUGUGCUGAAUGCUCAGGGGUGAUGGUUGUGUCUGCGCUGGGCUGUGCGAUUAAGGAGUUGAUGAUGAGGUUGUUGAGGAGAGAAGGUUGUGGCAGCGUUAAACUCGUGGUUGUGUCUUGUAGAUGA